ACAGGACGCUUAACCUGCUGCAGUGCGACAACUGCGACGAGUUAGUGCAGCACAAAGUAACGCAUGUAAACAACCAAGAAUUGUUAUAUUAAUUUCAGGAAUUGACCGCCGACUUUUAAAAUGGAUACUCCAGCUUGUCAAAAACAUUUGUAGAUGUUAAUGGACAACGACGUGUAAUGUUCUAAGCUAGGUACCUACAUGCUUGGCUAGCUGCUAUGCUACCCGAGUAAGGCUAUUGCUGCAUUCAAGGGCUGUCGGAAAGAAUAUUGACACCAAAGGUAAAAUUGUGAUUUGCUGUGUAAAUGAUAGUUUGGUAAAGUAACGAGCCACAACUUCCUGCAAAAAUUAGAAUUACGCCAAGUCCGUUAGUGACUGGGCAAUGUUACUACACUUUGUGUGGCGAAUUGAGGAAAAUUUCCAUGAGUACCUGAAGGCAGCAGUUCCUGUCCCGCAAAGUAAGCUAGCAUUAGCAAUGGAUGCAGUAGCCGGUAGAUGAAGAUCGCAGCAUCAGCACCAUCUAACUCAGUGAAAUGAAACAACUGAGUCUACAUUACAAAACAGUCGGGAGCUAUAUCACCCACAUCAGAUAAAAAUGAGCCGCUUCUGCUCAGACAACAACAACUUUCUUUAUGAUAACAAUGUUCUGGUUUUGGACAUGGUGCUGGACUCUCUGUGGGGAGUACCCCAGCCCAUAAACUGGGACAAUGUAGCUAAGCUAGUUCCAGGAUUCACACCUAAGGAGUGUGCUCAUCGAUUUGAAGAGCUGAAGAGCAUGGGAGGGUUUCUUCAUGUGGACAACCAGUGUAAUGCCAUCACAGAGGGCAGCACCUCCCAAUCUGAUGGCCUGUCCAUGCUGCCGGAGACAGGGGAGGUGAUGGAGACUGGAAGUAGUCAAAGCAUCAACAGAGUUUCGGGUUCCAAAUCAGUAUCUUCAGGAAAGGUUGGUGCUGUGGAGAAGAAGGAGAGAAGAAUGUCAGUAGAGGAUAACGACAAACCUCAGAAACCAAGAGAUCCCAACAUGGUCAUUCAUGUCUGUGACGAGACCAAGAACCUGAAGCAGGACUUUAUAUGUCCCAGAGACCUUCUAGUUAAAGAGAUGCGUUAUUUCGCUGAGUACUUGUCAGUGGACCCUCAGAGGUGGGAGGAGGUGGAUAUCUCUGUUCAUUGUGAUGUGCAGAUUUUCGACUGGCUCAUGAACUACGUCAGAAGGAACUCUGCAGGCGAGGGCAACAAGGACAAACCUCGGCUUGAGCCCAGCAAUGUGAUCUCAAUCCUGAUCUCCUCCGAGUUCUUGAAGAUGGAUACGUUAGUGGAGGAAUGUAUCCAGUACUGCCAUAAACACAUGAGUGCCAUUGUGGCUACACCCUGCAACAUGAACUGCAUCAACAGCAACCUGACAACCCGCAUCGCGGAGCUCUUUAAUCACAACGAGGCUGACGACAUCAGGGACCGAAAAGACAAGUUCAAGAGCAAAUUGUUUCAGAAGAAAAUCGAGCGUCUGUUUGAUCCCAGCUACCAGAGCAGAGAUUCCCCAGGAAAUGCUUCUACACUCUACAGAUGUGGCCUGUGCCUUAAACUGCUGACCAAAGACACAGAGAGGAAGAUUUCAUGUGUUCCAGGGAAAAUCAAUGUUGACGCUCGAGGAGACAUUGUCUACACACACACCAGACAGAAGAGCUGGGAUGUACAUGAUUACAUUACUGGCCUGUAUGAGGAGCUCAAGUCAUGGGUGCUGGUCUACUGGAGAAUCUGGGGUACAAUCAACUACCUCACCUGUUCCAGAUGCCAACAGGUGUUUGUGUGUGCAGAGCUGACCCAUUGCAAGUAUCACCCAGACAGUGUGGUGUAUGCUGGCCUGGGUGCUGAGAAGGGCUGGCAUGGAGCAGGAGUCUACCCCUGCUGUAACCAGAGGGUCCUUCGCUUUGACCCCACUGGUAUGCCCAAGGGCUGUAGGAUGCGAGACCACAUAGUGAGUGUUCCUGACGAAGAGAACUGCGACGAGGCCACCUCAGCCCAGAUCAGAGUCCUCAACGACCUUCUGCUGCAUAGGGACUCUGUGUGUUUGUCCAACACACCGCCUGCAGAGGGCACCGAGGGGAGCCCAGCCAGUGCAGAGAAGGUUCACGACUGUGAUGUUCUCCUGGAGCCAACACUGCUGAGACCUCUGAGGGGAGACGGCAGCACCUUUUCCCUCUUGAAAAACUGGAGCCUACAGCUGAGGCAGCAGUCGCUCCUGUCAGAGGAUGAGGAGUACACCACAGGGUCAGAGGUCACUGAGGACGAAGUGGGGGAUGAAGAGGAGCUGUCCAAGAAACAAGCUGCUAAGAAGGCCAAGAAGGCCCACAGGCCCCUGAAAAAGCAGAUGUCUUCCCCCAACUUCCAACGCAAAGAAAAAGCAGAGAAAUCUCAAACUAGAGAUAAUACACCUUUCACUGUGAGCAUCCAGAAGAGUAAGUGGGACAGCUCUCGCUCCAUGCGCUACAACCAGGAUGCUCAGAGGGAAGAAGACCAGCGUCGUAUGGUGGAGAUUGUUGGCUACCUGACGCAGAUGAGAUUUGGAGACCAGGAGCAGAGCAAAACUAGGGACAAUAAAGAGCCUGCCGGAGGAAUCUACGCAAGACUGGAAGCCCAAUUUAAGAGCACUCCUCAAGCCAGACAGAGUUCAGACAAGAUACCCAGAUCGAAAAUACGCUACGCUCAAAUCCGUACCACAUAAAUGACGUGAAAACACCUGAUGAAGAGAGAACAAAGAGGAAAAGGCGAGAUCCAAAGAGCAAUAUAACUUCCUGCUGGCCCCUCUCAAGCCCGCCGUGGACCACGAUAGCUCUCACCCCCCCUUUGCAUAACUCAGGUGACUAUGGAUCACCAUUAACACAUCCUUAUCUGGUCUUGGCCCUUGAGGUGAAUUCAGCUGAGCUCUGGGGAAAUGCACUUUGACCUGUCUGUUUGUUCAAAUCAUUUUGAAAGCAGACAAAUGUGGGUUUUAACUGUGAAGUAUAGAUCCAGUAAUCGCAACAGAUCCUGCUGUUAAUCACAGAUGUUUUCCUGAGUUCUGCUGGAUACAGUUCUAAUUCAUGUCCCUUGUACCUUAACUGGAAAAUAACUGUACUGUAACACUGGGACCAAUAAAACAGAAACUAAAA